GGUGUGUGACUCUUUUACUCUCUCCGGUCUGUAUAUACAUUCCCCCCUGGAACGUCGUCUACGUUCAAUAACGCGCGCGCGCCUACGGAAUCGCCUGGUCGACGUCGAGCAGUGCCGCCAGAGCUCUCGAAAGGGACGCCCGUGAUUUUGCACACCCCCCCGCAACAACCUCUUUCUAUAAUAUAUACAUACAUACAUACAUACCUAGACAUUAAUAUACAUAUAUACAUACAUAUGUGUGUAUGUAUAAUCAUUGGGGUACACUCGCGGCUUAUGAAUAAAUCCACCACGUACCCGCCCGCGAUCGCGAUUAACGCCGAGAGACUGAGCUGGUAAAAGUAAAUUUAAAAUAAAAUUAUAAUUUAACGACAAAGUAAUAAACGUAAUGCAUAAAUGCCGGAAGUCAAAGCUCACCGAGGUAACCUAGUGUGUAAUUUUAGUGAUAAACCAGCGGAGGAUCAACAAGGGUGAGAACGACCCUCGGAGACAAGAUGGAAUAAAGUGUCGACUGGGGUGAUAGUUGUCGCGUAUUUACUAACUGGAUACUGACGAUUAUGUUGGGAGGGUCAGGGUGUCUAAGAAAGGUCUCUACGUGUGUCUCUUCUUACGCACACUCAUCCGCGGGUCCUCUUUAUCCGGUAUCAGUGUCCUUACCCUCGUCCUGUCGCGACUACGGGAUUUUAUUUUGUAAACUCUCUUUUGUAAAAACCCUGAGGCUUUAUCAGUGACUAAGUGACUUAACUAUUUAUAUGUUUUGUUCCACUCGAGCAAGUGCUUUAGAUAUUUUUAUCUAGUGCUAAUUAUUAUCACUAUUAAUAUUAACAAUAUUAUUAUUAUUAUUGUUGUACGUAAGUGUAUAAAUAUAGAGACAAACACUUGUUUUAAUGAAGUAUAAUUGGGUGAAUAUUCACUAGACCUACAUGAGGAUACUUGGAGAGAUAACAAGUGUGGGAAAAAUAUAAUUAUCAUGUAAAAAUAUAAUUAUUUGACUUUUUAAAAGAAACAUAUGUGUAUAUAUAUAUUAUUAUUAUUAAUAUUAUUAUUAUUAUUAUUGGAUAGUAAAAUGAAAAAAUAUUUAACUAAAUGCUCAUCCGAUGACUGUGACUAGUUAGCGCGGAACUGCUUUUAAAAAUAAAUACCCGCAUUAAAUAAAUAAAUAAACUGAUUGAUAAAUUGUAUAAGUAAUUAAUAAAUAAUUGGUAUUUAAUAAUAAAUAGUAAUAAAAUAAAGGUACGAUUAGGAGGAAGUAUUAUCUGAUUACAGAUAAAAUAAAUUUAGAUAGACAACUGACAAUUCGCUGGAGAUUAAAUGAAGUGAUGGCAGAGGAAAGGGGAGUUGGUGUGUGUUAAUGUGUGAGUGUGUGUGUGUGUGUGUUGCCAGCUGAUGUGCAGGAUCGUUAAUAUAAGCUGUUACUGGGUAUGGGAGUAAGUGAGGCACGAGGUCAUGAAGAUCGCGUGUCUGAUGAUGUUGUGAAUCAGCGCGAUGAGUUUGUGGUAUUGCUGUAGAUCCAAUGCGAGCUGGAAUAUCUUGGCGAGCGGCUCGAGGUCGCGGUGCCUGUGCUGUCGAGGUCGAGGACCCGGGACAUCGGUCAGAUAAUUUCGGGAGUGAAAAAUAGUUAUUGGGAAGAGGAUGCUGGUGUUCAUGGGAGUUGUGAUGUUGGUGAUGACGAGGAUGAUUAAAAUAACGAGUGCAGUAGGGACAUUUGUUAGUGAAAUAGAAAUGAUUAUUGUUAAGAAGAUGGCAGGAAAUGUGUGGAUGAGGACGAGCUCGAGUGUGCAGACCCAAUGACAUCUCGACGAGCCGGGGGCGAGGGGUCCAAUGGAAGAGCUCCUCCAAGUCCCUCGAGCAGCGGGUCAGAGGACAAUGGAUUUGGAAAUCGUCCUAGAGGAAUUGGAGUAUAUGUUAAGAAUUUAAGCCGCCAGGAGUUGGAUUGCUUCGUUGAAGAAGAUAUUUAUGGGCUUUCUGGCAGUCCAAGUUCAUCUAAUACUGAUAUUACCACAACUACUUCAACUACGACUACGACUACAACUACAACUACAGCUACAGCUGAAACUACUGCUGGUAUUACUGCGAGUGGGAGAGAAGGUGCGUCCCUGUCAUCAUCAUCUUCUACGUCACCAUCAUCCACAACAUACUCAAUAUCAACGAGAACAUCUCUGUCGGGCAGGAGGUUCAGUCAGAGUACGAAAAGCUCGAGGGAGUUGAGAAGACGACGGCAGGAAGAGGCCGAACGUCUUCGGAGGUCUGCCGAUACUGGAGAUGAUAGGAGGAGCAGUGGCAGAGAGAGAAUCGAGAUGGACGACCGACACGAGGAGCUUGAUGACCCACGUGGAAGAUCCUCACAGAACAGCAACGAGCACUCGGAGGACGACUCCUCGAGGCUCUCACCCAGCGGCUACGAGGUUUUUGACCAGGAAGACAGCUCCGAGAGGACGAUACGCCAGUACGCUGAUGACUCGGAGCCGGAAAUUGUUCUGGAGACUGACGUGAGCGAGCGGAGAGACGAGGGAAAGCGAGCUGACAAAAUUGACCGCGAGUCGGAUUUCUCUGGGCUCUUUCCGCGAUGCUUGCCACGGUCCCAGCAGACGCUGGAUGACGAUGAGCCUCAUCCGAUGGAUCGAGCUGAUGAUCUGGACAAGGCUGGAGAGGUCAGAGUCAAGUCGCGGUUCCGGUCCCAGGACAGCACGAGACUGAGGCCUCCGUUGGUGGGCACUGCCGGCACCUCUGCUGACUCGGGCACUGGGGACUCAGCCAGUGCUGAGAUCCAGGUUGACACUCUCGGCACACCGCAGCAGACUGCCGGGGAUGUGGGUGACAACGAGGAGGAAGACGAGGAGGAGGAUUAUGACGAGGAUAAGGUUGGAGGUGACAAUACACCUGGUGAUGAUCCUUGUGCCAGUGCUGGUGAUUAUCGUAGUGCUAGUGGUAUUGGUGGUGCUGGUGGUACAGGUGCUAGUGUCAGUAGCAGUGGUUUUGGUUACACUGGACCUAAAUCUGGCAAACAAACUGUUAAACCAUUCACUAAAGAAAGUCUUGACAGACUUGAAAGCAGGACUGUCCAGCUUGUAAGGGAGUACGGGUUUCAGCCGAGGAGAAAAACUUCUGUCGAGGAUGGCGCCGUGCUUCCCAAUAAGUUCGAGCCUUUUCCGUCCGGGCUUUACGGCAGGCCACUUGAAGAGAUUGAUAAUUUUAUCUACGACGAGACGUUCUGCGUAGUGUCCAAAAGAUUUCGCAAGAACUACAUUCACAGAUUCACAGCAACAAACAGUUGGUUUAUAUUUUCGCCUUGGAAUCCAGUUAGACGUUGCUGCAUCUUCCUAAGUACGAACCAGUACUUUGAUUACAUGGUUAUGCUGACCAUUGUGCUAAAUUGUGUCUUCCUCGGCAUGACCGAGCCGAUCGAAGAAGCUGAAUAUAUCUUCCUAGCAAUCUACACAUUGGAAAUGGUGAUAAAGUCAAUAGCAAAGGGUUUUAUACUCAACAAAUAUACUUAUCUGAGGAAUCCAUGGAAUUGGCUGGACUUUGUCGUGAUAACAAGUGGUUACGCUACAAUCGGUAUGGAAGUUGGUAAUUUAGCGGGUUUGAGAACAUUCCGGGUACUCAGGGCUCUAAAGACCGUCUCUAUUAUGCCUGGCCUCAAGACCAUCAUCAAUGCCCUCUUGCACAGUUUCAAGCAGCUCGCGGAAGUUAUGACCCUCACGAUAUUCUGUUUGAUGGUUUUUGCUCUCUUCGCACUUCAAGUUUACAUGGGCGAGCUGCGUAACAAGUGCGUGAGACAUCAACAGCCUAAUGACACCCAGGUCGCAUGGAAUGAGUGGACUUGGAAUUCGUCCAAUUGGGCAUUCGACGAGGACGAGAAACCCAUCAUCUGCGGCAAUGUCACCGGCGCCAGACACUGCAAUGAAAAUUUCACAUGUCUGUGUGUCGGUCCAAAUCCAAAUCACGGAUACACUAAUUUUGAUAGUUUUCUGUGGUCGAUGCUCACUACGUUUCAAUUAAUUACUCUUGAUUAUUGGGAGGAUGUUUAUAAUAAGGUGUUGUCGGCGUGCGGGCCUAUCAGCGUCACGUUUUUCACGGUGGUCGUGUUCUUCGGGUCAUUCUACCUCAUAAAUUUGAUGCUUGCCGUCGUGGCCUUGAGCUACGAGGAAGAAGCUGAAAUUACUAACGAGGAAAGAAAAAAAGACCUAACUGAUCACCGCGAAGACUCGACGUUUAGUUUCGACCCGACGAAGAUCAACAUCAAAACCCUAACAAAAGAAAAGCAAAAAAAAAUAGACGCACGCAAGGGCGUUUUGCUGAGCAGCUACACGAGGAAAAAAACACGCAGAAGAAAACGGGGAAGAAGUUCUGCGGGGCAGGAAAAAAAUGGUGGAGCGAGGAGCAGGUCCUUGAACAAUAAAUGCGAUCAAUCGGCGACACCUAGUCCGAGUCCAAGCCCAAGGCACUCAAAUGUCCGGCCAUCAAAUCUACCUCUCCAGGUGGCUCCCCCUCGGCCACCUGACCCGAUCCACCGGCUGGCACCCCACCGAGGGAUGCUGCACUCCCGGCAAGCCAGCAACAACAGCAAUCAGCAAUCCUCGUUGGAUGACUCGGGUGUCGUUGAUGAUCACGAUGGUGAUGACGUUACCUCGGCUGAAGAGCACGAGCGUCGUGAGCAUCACCAUCGUGAACACAAGCACCGCGAGCAUCGUCUUGAACGUCAAGAGAGAAUGCAAAUGGUCACUACGACCACUGGCGAACGCACUCUACUUCCUAUUGCACCGGUCACUGUCUCCGUCAGGAGCAGGAGCCGGGAAAUUAGGGUACUAAAGUGCAAUGGGGUUAAAACUAAAAAACAAAUGUACACAUUACCUCCGGAGUACUUGUCACAUAUUGUCGUUAUUGACGAUCUUCCUGACAGAAAUUGCGACAAAUGUAUUCAGUGUUGCGUCGACUAUGAGGGUUGGUUACGAUUUCAAAAUUGUUUAUAUAAGGUGGUACGAGAUCCAUUGUUCGAAUUAACCAUCACCCUGUGUAUCGUAUUGAACACCGGGUUUCUCGCUAUGGAACAUCACGGGAUGAGCGAAAAUGUGCGACAAGCUCUCAACAUUGGCAACAAAGUCUUCACAAGUAUUUUCACGUUCGAGUGCUUCCUAAAGUUGCUCGCACUGAGCAAAGAUUUUUUCAAUAACGGCUGGAACAACUUCGACCUUAUAAUCGUGUCCGCGUCGCUCAUUGAUUUAACAUUCGAAUUAGUCGACGGUCUAUCAGUAUUACGUGGUCUGAGGUUGUUACGUGUCUUGAAGCUGGCGCAGUCAUGGACGACAAUGAAAGUUCUUCUGAGCAUAAUAAUAUCUAGUAUUGAAGCGCUGGGUAAUUUGACUCUGGUGUUGGUAAUUGUCAUCUACAUAUUCGCCGUAAUCGGAAUGCAAUUGUUCAGCAAAGAUUACACACCCGAAAAGUUUUACCCAGACCCAGUUCCACGGUGGAACUUCAACGAUUUCUUUCAUUCCUUUAUGAUGAUAUUUCGGAUACUCUGCGGUGAAUGGAUCGAGCCCCUGUGGGACUGCAUGCGCGCUGAAAAAGAUGAGGGACCGGAAACAUGCUUUGCAAUAUUUCUUCCAGCAUUAGUUAUGGGUAAUUUCAUGGUUCUCAAUCUCUUCUUGGCCUUGUUGCUCAACAGUUUCAAUUCCGAAGAAUUGAAGCAGAAAAAGCAAGAAGUUGGUGAGGAUUCAAAGCUGGCGAGGUCGUUUGACCGGAUUAGGUCAAUUGUUCGUAAAAAACGAUACCGAAAAGAGCGAACGGAGAACGAAAAAAACACACGAUUGGAGCAAAUAGUGCGGGAAGUUAUGGACAAGUCGGACAAAGAAAAAUACGCAAUACAGGAGACCGUUUUGAGCCUUCCUAAAGACAAUAUUUACAAUAGAUCGUAUCAAGAAAGUCUGAAUCAGCCGGUGUUCACUUACGAGCCGAUUUAUCACCGGCAAGCGACUGUUACUACGUACAGCCACAGCAGCCAGGAGACGGUCAGACCCGCGGGUAAGUUGGACGAGGGUAAGGGCGACAGCAAUGAGACGAAUGCUGAAGAAAGCAUCGAGAUGGAAGUACUCAAAGAGUCGACGGGAAAAAUUCCCGAUGACGAAGAACACUCGGCGAUGCUGCCACAACAGGACAAAGAAAAACAGGCGAGCAAUAAUGAGGCCAUGAUGCUGAUGUCCUCGGUGACGAUGAUGACGACAAUGAGGCAAGACGAAUUGCAGCAGCAAGCAGCGGCCAAGGGACAAAAAAGACCUUGGCACGCGCUCGUUAGCUACGUCGACGAGCUCACUGUCGGUGGAAGACGCGAUAGCAAGGGACGUUACGUUGACGGCAUGGGCUCCUUUCCAGGAUUUGGUAGAAAUAAACCACAUAAGGUGCCGCAGGAUUGCUUUCCUCAGCAUUGUUAUCAAAAAUGUAGUUGCAUUAAUCAAUGUAUGGCUACGGAUUUGGGUCACAAAUGGACUAAUAUACGCACAUUCGUGUUGUCGUUUGUCGACACCCCGGCAUUUGAAUGGAUGAUACUGGCAUUUAUAUUUGCCUCGUCUGUCACCCUUUGUUUUGAGGACAUUUAUCUUGACGACAAUCAAUUCCUCAAGCGCAUUCUCUACUGGACAAACCUGGUCUUCUGUAUGCUAUUCAGCAUCGAAAUGUUACUCAAGUGGCUUGCGCUCGGAUUCUGUAAAUACUUUACGAGUUUCUGGACAAUCUUGGAUUUUAUUAUUGUUUUCGUUUCCAUGUUUAGUCUUUUGAUAGAAGAAAAUGAAAACCUCAAAGUACUGAGGUCGUUGAGAACACUCAGGGCAUUGAGGCCACUCAGGGCAAUCUCAAGAUGGCAAGGCAUGAGGAUUGUAGUGAACGCGUUGAUGUACGCAAUACCUAGUAUUUUCAACGUGCUCCUCGUCUGUCUCGUGUUUUGGCUGAUAUUUUCUAUAAUGGGAGUUCAAUUUUUCGGUGGAAAGUUCUUCAAAUGUCUAGACGAGUAUGGCGAACUGCUAGACAUUUCGAUAGUGAACACGAAGAACGAUUGCCUGAGUGGAAAUUACACUUGGGAGAACAGCAAGAUAACUUUCGAUCACGUUGGUAUCGCUUAUCUGGCGUUGUUCCAAGUCGCGACCUUUGAGGGCUGGAUGGAAGUUAUGGAGGACGCUGUUGAUGCGCGGGGCGUCGACCUUCAACCUCAAAGGGAAGCUAAUCUAUGGGCUUACAUCUACUUUGUUAUAUUCAUCGUAUGCGGUUCAUUCUUUACUCUCAAUCUAUUCAUCGGAGUUAUCAUUGAUAAUUUUAAUAUGCUUAAAAAAAAGUACGAAGGUGGCGUGCUAGAAAUGUUUCUGACCGAAAGUCAGAAGCACUACUACACAGCCAUGAAAAAACUAGGUCGUAAAAAGCCUCAAAAAGUAAUAAAACGUCCGAUGAAUCAAUUCCUCGCCAUGUUCUACGACUUGUCCAACUCCAGGAGGUUUGAAAUAGCAAUAUUCGUAUUGAUAUUUUUAAAUAUGCUGACAAUGGGUAUUGAGCAUUACAACCAACCGCAUCCGAUAUUCUUUAUUUUGGAAGUGUCCAAUGCAUUUUUUACGACGGUCUUCGGGUUGGAGGCGAUUGUUAAAAUAAUAGGUCUACGCUAUCACUAUUUCACGGUGCCGUGGAACCUGUUCGACUUCAUCCUUGUGCUGGCGUCGAUACUCGGAAUCCUCAUGGAGGACAUAAUGAUAGACUUUCCCGUGUCACCGACGCUCCUGCGGGUCGUGAGGGUGUUCAGAAUCGGCAGGAUACUGCGGCUUAUCAAGGCCGCCAAGGGUAUUCGGAAACUGCUGUUUGCGCUGGUUGUCAGUUUACCGGCGCUGUUUAACAUCGGUGCUUUGCUCGCACUCAUUACAUUUAUCUAUGCAAUUAUCGGCAUGUCGGUCUUCGGACACGUACGCAAGCAGGGUGCUCUCGAUGACAUGGUGAACUUCGAGACCUUUGGUCGGAGCAUGCAGCUGUUGUUUCGCUUGAUGACGUCGGCAGGAUGGAACGACGUCCUGGAGUCUCUUAUGGUUCAACCGCCGGACUGCGAUCCCACCCCCACCAGCCGGCAGUUGAACGGAGACUGCGGGUCACCCCUCCUAGCCAUUACGUACUUCACGUCCUUCAUCAUCAUCAGCUACAUGAUAGUGAUCAACAUGUACAUCGCAAUUAUCCUGGAAAACUUUAACCAGGCGCACCAAGAAGAAGAGAUCGGCAUUGUCGAGGAUGAUCUCGAAAUGUUUUACAUCAGAUGGUCAAAAUAUGAUCCUCAUGCAACCCAAUUCAUACGUUUCUCACAACUGAGCGACUUCAUAGCGAGCUUAGACCCUCCGUUAGGAAUUUCAAAGCCCAAUGUCGUGGCAUUGGUGAGCUUUAAUCUUCCUAUCGCCAAAGGUAACAAAAUACACUGUCUGGACAUCCUACACGCACUUGUCAAGCACGUCCUUGGACACGUCGAGGAGUCGGAGGAUUUCAGAAAACUCCAGGAGCAAAUGGACGUUAAAUUCAAAAAACAAUUCCCGACGAGGAAGGAACUGGAAAUUGUCUCAUCCACGAGGAUCUGGAAGAGACAAGACAAAGCUGCCAGACUUAUUCAACGCACCUUCCGCGACUAUAUUACAAUGAAAAAAGAACGUGAAAGAAUAGCACAUGAGGUAGAUUCUCAAACACAAACGUCGAGUCCGGGUGGCAUGGGCAGCGAAGGCAGAGGCGGUGGGUGGGGUGGUAAGUUAUCGGCCCUUCUCCACGUACACCGCGGAAGUAGGGCCAGUAGCCGCAAGUCCUCCAGGGCCAGCGACGCCAGCGACCUUAGCGAGCUAGGGACAGCAUCGGCUUGGUUAUUUCCAAAUUUACCGCUGCUGCUUCUCUCCGGCGCCACCGGGACCCAUGAGGACCUGCAACCACCCUCCUUAACCGUGUCCCGUCCCUCGCCCACCAUGGAACAGCCCUCGGCUACCUCUAGCUCCGGCUCGGACUCUCACGUCACUGUCAGAUCCUCUGGUGCGACACUGGGUCGUCAAGACGCCGUCGAGUCGUACCCAGACGAGGACGUGCUGAGUCCGCCAACGUCUAAACGCAGUUCGAUAAGGCCGAGUGGUACUGCAUUGUCAUUAAAUAUUCUACAGCGCGACAUUAAAGAAGCAAUAACACGCCGCUGCGGUAGUUUAAGGGGAAAAAAAAGUGUUCCUGUCCCAGAACCAGCACCACUACGCAUACCCGACGCCAGUGAUGUCAGUAUACUGGUGACAGAACCAAGUCCCGAGACAAAUAUACCGCCCGUAAGACCGCCCUUGCUUCGACAACAGUCUGAAGCAACGGUAGUCCACGUUCUUGUUCACCGCGAGAGUGAAGAGUAUCAAGAUGCUCAUGACAACAGCUGAUCUUAGUUUGAUCGUAUGUUCAUAAUAAAAAUUAAUAUCUUUCCUCCAUUAAUCAUUUCAUCAAAAUUACCUUAUUUUUAAUUAUUAUCAAUUACGUUUUAUCAGACGCGAGUCUUCCGUAAAAUGCAAUACUAAAUCAAUAAUCAUGAAUUUUAAAUAAAAUAGGCGACGAUAUAAUUUUUAUUAUGCAUCUGUAGUCAUGAAUUUAAAUCUUGAUCUUCGUCUUACCUCAUUCAUAAGUAUAAUUAAUAUAUAAUUAAUUAAUUAAUUAAUAAAUAAAUAAUUAAUCACGCCGAUUAAUCGGCAGUAGAAGCCUGAAGAUGUACUGCCUCGUAUUGUAGAAACAAAGCACACGUUUCAGAUCGACGAGAAAUUAUAUUCCAGGAAUAAUUAAUUUUUAAUUGAUGGCAGAUUAAAUGUCAAUUGGAAAGUUAAUAAAUUUCUUGUUGAUCUGAUACGGAUUUCUAGUAAUUUAAAUAAAUGUUUAUUGUAAUAAAUGCGAUUGUUAAUCAGAAAAACCGUCACACGGAACAAAAAAAUAUAUAGAGUAAGUUUUAGUUAUUUAUUAUUAUUAUUAUUAUUAUUAUUAUUAUUAUUAUUAAAUGAAGUAGGCGCGAUUAGCUCUCUGCUUCGGAAGUAUUACGGUGGGUUAUAUAUGACGUUUUAUCCCUAGUGUAUGCGAGAAGACUUUUCCGUGGCCAUCUAGUGGCGGUAUGUGGAACUGUCGUUUAUAAAAAAUUUAUCGUCAUUUUAUUUUUUAACUACUGAUGGUUGUGAUUUUUAAUUAUUGGCUUUUUUUAUUUUAUUAAUUAGUUUUUAAACUUAAACUAGUAAAUUACUUAUUUCGAGGCUAUGCAACUAGAGUUUCAUUAAUCUGUUAUUUGUUCCGAUUUAAUGGGAAUUUUUCAUUGAAAAAAUUAAGAAGUAAAUUAAUUAAAAAACUUUGAAAUUAAUUUUUAAUUACUGCGUUGUAAUGCAAGUGAUCUACGAUUUAAAAAAAUUAAAAAUUUGAAGUACUAGUGAGAAUAAAAAUUAGAUUUUUAAAAAAAUUUCUAAAAUUUUGAACUUUUAUAAACCAGAUAAAAAUAAGAAUUUGAAAAAUUAUUUUAUUAAUUACAAUAUUCACUUUUUACAAAAUCGAGCUUCUGCUUCAUUACAAAUUACGAAAAUUAAUUUUUUUAUUUUCAAAAUUUUGAAUGCUAUUUCAAACUAAUCGGCCGACUUUACUAAUCAGUAAAUCUGAUAAAAAAUAAGUAAAUGCCCAAUAAAAAAGUCGACAAAACUUAAAUAGAAUCCGAUAAGAAUUGCGACCGCUAUCAUGUUUACAAAUCGCGUUGACUCCGUAUAUAAAUACAAACUUUUGAACAAAUGAAAUUUUUAAAAACCACUCGGAUUAAAACAUCAGGAAAAUUUUCCGAAACUUCGGUGAUUCGAAAAACUCAAUGGAUUUAACAAUUCACUAAAAAGUAACUUAGACCAAAAUAAUCUUUUAUUCAACUGACCUGCCAGCUGGCAACUUUUCGCAACCGAAUACGACAAUAGUUUUAUAUAUUUUUGACGCCAGCAUUUAAAUUCCUCUCUUAUAAACUUUAUUGAAUUUCUACACAUUUAAGUACUAGUUCCAUAAUACCCUCGAUCGUGCAAGUAAUUUUUUUUAGCAAAAAGUUUAUCAAAGUUAGGAUUUAGGUAAAAGUUUAGCGAAACUCGGUCUAGUCCCGGUCGAUUGACAACAAAACUCCCAAGCGAGCGGUAAUUUAUAAAACUCCUCAAUCCUAAUUAUUUAUUCAAACUCUGCUUGCAUAGUCCGCUUAUACUUAAAUAAAAAAAAAUUAAUUAUCUGAUAAAUUUUCAUUUAAUUAAAAUUUUAGUCACGUUUUUAAACAACGAAAUUUUUAUUUUAUUUUUUUACUUUAUUCCGGAAAAUUAAUCAUUAUUUUUUUUUUUGAUGAAUAAUUAUCGUGGUUUCAUAAAAAAUUAAUUAAUGACGAUAAAAUAUGAGUCAAUUAAUGAUCUAAUUAACAGAUUUUAAUUCUUUAAGUUGAAUAUUUAAAAAAAUUAUUAAAAUUUUACCAAAAAAAAAAAAGAAAAUAAAUAAUAAAAAUUACAAAGAUUGAAAUAUAAACAAAAUAUAAGUGAGAAACUGUACAAUCAUGCGAGGGUACUUUUUUGCAUCACCCGUAUUAGUCGAUUAUAGAUAAUUACAAAUAAAUAAAUUAAUUAAUUAAUCAAUCGAGUCGCGAGCGCUUUGAAAGCGCCGGUAGUUUUUAUUGAUAAAUAAAUAAUAAAACGCGCGUUUAGUUACAAAUUAAUAUAACAUAUAAAUAUAUAUAUUAAUUUAAAAUUAAAUAAUAAAUUAAACGUAAGUAGUAUUAAAAAAAAAUUCGAUAAAAAUAAAUUAAUUGAUCAAUUAAAAAAAAACUAUCGCGCUAUUGAUUUAGAUGGUAAAAAAAAAUCCGUUGCGUGGAGGAUAAUUAAUUUUCCAGCAAAAAAUAAAAUACAAACUUUUCUCUCUUUAUAACAAAAAAAAAAAAGUAAAAAAAAAUUUUUUCGACUUGCUUGAUCUUUUACUAAUUUUAGAUUUAUUAAAUAUCUUCACACAAUUUUAUUGAUAUGAAUAAAUAAUAAAAUAUUAAUUAGUAGAAAAAAAAAGUAAAUGUGAGUUAAAAUUUUUUACGAGACACGUUUAUGAAAAAAUGUAUUGAGAAGAAAAUUCUCAGGCUGACGAUACGUGAACUUAUCACACAAUGAGCUUUCAAUUAAUAUUUAAAAUAUAUAUUUAAUAUUUAAAACCGUGCUGAGUUUAUUAUUAUUAUUUUUAUAUUUUAGUUUGUUGGUUUUUUAUCUACAAAAAGAUGUGACUUGUUCAUUAAUUUAUUUAUUAAUUAACUAAUGGCUGAAGUUUAUUUCAAUUAGUAUAUUCUAUAUAUACAAUUGUAAGCAGAGCAAUUUUAAAAAAUGUUAAUUAAUAAAUAAAUAUAUGUGAAUGUAUGAAUUUAGUUGGAUUACAAUCUGUAUAGCAUACCAACGAAAACGAUAAAUUUAUUAUUAAUAAUAAUAAUUUAUAUUUAUUAUUAUUACUGUUGUUGAUAUAGGGGAGGGGGGGCAAAACGGGGUACUUAUGCAAAUACCAAAUUUUUGAGAACUCCGAUACGCUAAAGCUUUUUUUUAAUAAAAUUCAAAGUAAAUAAACAAAAUUUUGAAUUGCCACUAGAAAAAAAUUUGAAUUUUUGGCGGGAAAAAUAUGUACUUGAAAAUCGGAACGAUUUUCGUGGAACGAAAAUGAAAAAACGAAAUGAAAAGUGAAAAUCUACAGGAUCUAGAUUUCUGAAAUGUUUCGCACGUCAGCCGAUAAUUGCAGGCCACCCCCAACUACCCUUUAAGUCACCUUCAGAUUCAAAUUACAUAAAUUAUUUUCAUUUUCGUUGCGUGAACGUUCCGAUCUUCGGGUACAUGGAAAAAUUGGGUAUCCCUUAAAAAAGGUGAAAAAAAUUUUUUUUAUCAUAAACCAAAAGUCAUUAACAUUUUCCGACUGUCACUGGAUUUUUAAAAAAAGUUAACAAAAAAAAUCAAGAUAACAUUCAAUUAAAUUUACAAAAAUGAUGGAAUUUUUUAAAAGCAUUAAAAAAAAAAAUUUUCAUAAAGUUUUGGGAUUACCCGGUUUUGCCUCCCCCCCCCCUUCCCUAUAUACUGAUUAACUUCCACAAUUAAGAUUUUGAAUAAAUUUUAAAAAUUAUAAAAAAAACUUGUCAAUAUCUAAAAUUGUUUAAAAAAUAAAACUUAUUAAUUAUUAAUUACACAUUAAUUAUUAAUCAAAAUUUAUUUAAAAAAUUAGUUAAGCAACCAACACGUUUUUCAUUAUCUCCAGUAUUAUAAUUAAAAAUAAUUUGUCAUUAAAAAAAAACAUCCUAAUAAUUUAAAAAUUAAUUAGUUGGCCUUCAUAAAAAAAAUUAAAAAAAAAUUAAUCGGCGCAUUUAUAUAUUUCGCUUGUAAGUCAAGGGAACGUACUCUCAGUAAAAUAAUUAAAAUAAAAUUAAGUAUUUCACAAAUGAAAAAAAAAAAAAAAUAAUAAUAAAUAAAUAAAACUCUGAGCUUUUCUAUCGAGCUAGUAGAAAAAGACUAUACUAGUCAGCCUUAAGUAUAUAUACAUAUAUAAGUAUACAUAAAAAUAUAUACAUACAUACAUAUAAAUAUAAAAAACUAAUUUCUCUUUUUGAACACUUUUUGCUCCAACACACGAGUAAAUCCUAAAGUUCCCUUGAUAUUUAAAAAAAAAAAAAAAAAAAAUCGUCAUUGACAAUAUUAAUCGCUCGAAAUGUGUAAAUUAAAAUUAUUAAUAUUAAGACCAAUGUAUCGGGUGAAUUAACGUAUGAAAAAAAAUUAUUAAUAAAUAUAAAAUAUAAUAAUUAAUGAAUAUUAUUUAAUUAAACGUAAUCACCCAGUACAUCGCGAUCUACAAUCAAUGGCCUAUGUAAUACGUUAGUGAAUGUAAAAGUGUGGCGUUAAUUAAUGUCUUCAAUAAUAAUAAUUGACCUUUAUAAAUAAAUAAAUAAAUAAGUA